AUUGAAAUUAUAUUCAAUUGAGGAUUGUAUAGAUGAGAGAGAAUUUAUUAAAACCAAAUUCGAUUGUGUCGAAGGGAUGUUAUAAGUUUUGUUGCAUUUGGUUCCGAAACAAUUCUAGUUUCGAACUGAUGAUUACAAUUACCCCGAUGGUGGAACCGUAACCAGCCCGCAGAGUUCUUCGAUGAAUCCAAUUUCAAAAUCAUAGGCGACUAUUUUGGUCUCGGUUUUGAACUGUCGAUUUCAAUAUUCAUUUUUGACAAACAAAAAGAGUUCUUUAAAGUGUCCACUAUAAGGCGGACGUCCUCAAUAGCCUCGCUCCCUUUUUUUGUCCACAGCUCAAUUUUUUUUGUCCACGCCUAAAAAAAGGUUUCCGCCACUAUAGGCGGACACUUCCAAUAGUCCCAAAAUUUUAUAACCAAUUUUCAUUUUAAUUUUUUCCUUUAGUUUUAAAAUCAUCGGAAUUUAAAUAAUUAUAAAAUGAGGUAAUUGAGAUCGAAUAUUUAUUGUAUUGAAAACGGUUGAGAUAGAGGAGGAGUUGGACUCAAUGCCCACGGCGGGGGAGAUUGACUCCAACUCCACGGCUGGGACGGAGAGCCGUCAUAUCCCGACGGCUGAGAAGGAUAGCCGCCAUAUCCUGACGGUUGUGAAGGAUUGCCGCCAUAUCCCGAUUCGUGUGAGCCGGGUGAUUCGUCGUCUCCACCGUGCAUUUUUAGAGAGUGAAAGUGUAGAUAGUGAAUGAAUGAAGAGUGUGUGAAAAAGAUGUCAAAUGGAUAGUGGAUGAGUGGUAUUUAUAGGGUUAAUUUUUGGAAAAAAAUAAAAAUAAAAAUAAAAAUCGAAAGGGGGCGCCCGGCGCGCCUAUCGCCGCGCACUAUAGGCCGGAGCGCCUAUAGGCGCCGCGAUGGCCGACCGGCGCGACCUCGCAUAUUUCUCGCCGAAUGCCCAUCCGGCCCGUUUUUUUCGUCCGCCGCAGGGUGGACGUCCCACGCACUAUAGGCCGUCCUGCCGUCGCCCCCGCCUGGGCUAUAGCCGCGCCGGUAUUAUAGUGGACAAUCUUAGAAGUGUCACUUCUCCCUAUCUAGCAUCGAACAUCGGCAUCGCGCUCAAAUCUAAUUCAAACUUUUCCGCAAACAAAGAUAACAAAAACCCCUUCCCUCUAUUCUCCCCCAAAUCGCUAACCUUAUCAAAUUUUCAACGAAACCCAAAAGAAUGCCUCCGAGAAGAUCCGCCGCAGCCUCCAUCGCCGGCGAAGGAGACCAGGGACCGACGCUGAAGCUAAUCAUUGAAAAGGGACCUUUAUCGGGCAACACAAGAGAGUUCAGGGCGGGAACCGCGGUGAAGAUCGGCCGCCUUGUCCGCGGCAACACGCUAGCUAUCAAGGACUCCGGAAUCUCCUCCAACCACCUGCUCAUCCAAGCUGAAGAAACACCGGAGCCGGCCGACCGGCGCUGGACCGUCUCCGACCUCGAUUCCUCCAACGGCAGCAUUCUGAAUGACGCACAGCUAGAGCCGUUCGAAACGGCUGCUCUGUCCCACGGCGACGUUAUCAAAAUCGGCGAGAAAACGUCGAUUAGGGUGGAGAUCGUUAGCAGGGCGGAUACUGAAGUCGGUUCUGGGGUGAGGAGGAACACGCGGCGGCGCGUGAGAGGGCAGGUAGUCGAUUUGGGGGUAAUUGACGAGUUUUCCGAGCUAGGUUUACAUAAUAAUGCUGAUGUUGAGAAAACCGAAGUUGAGGCGAAUCACGGGAGGAACGUGAGCACUAGGAGGACUAGAAAUUCGGCGAGAAAUGAGAAUUUGGCCAAGGAUUUGAAUGUUGAAGAGAAUAAAGAUUUGGGGACAAGUGGAAUCAAAGAAACGAGAGGCGUAAGCACUAGGAGGACGAGGAGCUCAAAAAAGGAAGACAAUGUCGAAGAAAUUGUAGUCGAUUUGAGUCUUGUCGAUGGCAAAAGGUCGACGAGAGGUGGAGGAAGGGGCAAGAAGAAGCUAGUUGUAGAGACUAUUUGUGAAAAAGCAGAGAAGGAAGAACCAAAUCCGGAGCGGGAAGAAGAGAGAGAAAGAUCAGAAAUUGGAGCUGGUGAGCUGAAAAACACUGGAAUAGAAGAAAAUGUUACUAGUUCAGUUGAGGCUGGUAAGGGGAAGAUGAUGGCGGAUUUGGAGAAGAUGACGUUGGGCGAAUGGCUUGAUUUCUUGGCGGUAUACGAGCCUCAACAAAUCAUUGCCGAGACAGAAGAGAUGCUCGCUGAUAUGAGGCAAAAAGCGGAGAGAUGUCACGAGUUCAUGUUGCAGCAAAAGAAAGCCCAAGGUUAA